AUGCGGCUCAGCUUCGUCGGUAGUCCUUUUUUGCUGGGGUUGCUGUGCCUUGCAGCAGGUGGAGGUGUUGUGUCUGUAGAGGUGAGCAGUGAAGCAGCCGCACCAGGGAGUGUUCGGAAUCAGCACGAUAGUGCCAUUGCAGCGGUGGAGUUGUCAUCUGGUGACAAGGCCCACGGAAGCGCAACGGAGGCAGUUGAGGAGGGGUCGGAUGUUGCUGCAACGGAGGUGGCACCUCCCCGCAAGAGGUCUCGGGGGGGAGAGGAUAAGCAGGUUUCGCCUGCCUCUGAGGAUGGACCAAGCGCAGAAACGCGCAGGAAGUACGACGAAGUGUUAGAAGAGCUGAAGAAGAACCCUCGUUAUCUGCGAGCACAGGAGAGGAAUAAUGCUCUUGCAGAGGAACGCCGCAAACACGUUAAUGCCUGGAUGAAGGUAAGAUCACAGCAGCAAGGACAGGGACAGGCGGGUACAGCAGACCAGCAGGCAGAGAAGGAGAAGCGCCGCAAGUAUGAUGAAGUCCUGGGGGAAUUGCAAGGAAAUGCAAAGUUCUUACGUGCAAAAGAUAGACUUGGAGGCGGCAGCACCUCAGACGGGGAUAAGUCAUCCAGCACGAAGGAGACAAAGCCCCACAACUUCUCUUAA